GCGCGAGAUCAUUCCCAUGGCUCGUGCAUACGGAAUGGCUCUCGCUCCCUGGAACGUGCUGGCUGCCGGAAAAUUGCGCACGGAUGCUGAAGAAGAGGCCCGUCGCACCUCCGGAGAGAAGGGCCGCAUGAUGUUCGGACCGGACUGGGAGCGGAACGCAGACGAAAAGAAGAUGUCUGCCGCUUUGGAGAAGGUCGCCAAGGAAGUUGGCGCCAAACACAUCACUUCGGUCGCCAUCGCCUACCUGAUGCAGAAAGUCCCCUACGUCUUCCCCAUCAUCG